UUACACUACUAGUAGUGACAUUUGGGGUUAUUUGUAUUCAUGUGUAAAUAUGAACACGAAAAAUGCCCCCUUACAGAAUACUUUUAUGUCUGACGUGAACUAUAGACUUCAAAGAGGUUUUUGCAUGGACCAAUCAGAAUAACGUAUGCUGGAUAAACCACCUGGGAGACAAAACUCAGGACCUCAAUUCACGGAAGUACUUUGAGAAGACAGUUAGCAACCGGCUAGUGAGUAAUAAACGACAUGUGUCUGUGACCUGGGUGCUCGAGAGGCAUCGACCAUGGUGUCCUCCGGCGGUCGUGUGCUCCUCAGGGCUGCUUCCAAACUCCUGUUUCGACCUAGCUGGAGUCGAGGGUGUGUGUGGUGUCCAUGCAGGAGCAUUUCGGUGAAACCAGGAGGUUUGAAACCAAAGACGGUUCCCGCUCGCUACCUGGGCCAGCCGAGCCCUUUCACUCAUCCGCACCUCCUCAAAUGUGGUGAGGUGACACCGGGCCUGAGCCAAACAGAAUACGAACUCCGCCGACACAGACUGGCCUCGCUCAUCGAGGCCCAGUCGGACAGGCUUGGACCGUCGGCCUCCUCCAGCACUCAUGUGCUUAUUGUUUUGUCCCAUCCCACCCGCUACAUGACCAAUGACAUACCCUAUCCAUUCCACCAGAACCAGGAUUUCCUGUACCUGUGUGGCAUCUUGGAGCCUGACAGUGCUUUGGUUUUGUAUGGGAAAGGGCGACCAGACAAGACCAUCCUGUUUGUCCCACGUCGAGACCCAGGCAGGGAGCUGUGGGACGGACCGCGGUCAGGGAAGGAUGGAGCGGCUGCUUUGACCGGCAUAGAGAGGGUUCACAGCACAGAAGAACUGGGUCUUAUCCUCAAAAGCAUAAAAGGUUCAACGCUGUGGUACGACAGCCCCAAUCCAUCCCACCCUGGCCUCCACCAAGCACAUGUCAGUCCCCUCCUGGAGGCGGGGCCCAUGCCACGCCCCCUCAGACCCCUCAUUCAUUCCCUCAGGGCCAUUAAAAGCUCAUCAGAGGUAGCCCUCAUGCAUGAGGCAGGUCGCAUCACAGCGCAGGCGUUUAGGAGGACAAUGGCUCUGUCUCUUGGAGAUGUGGAUGAAUCUUUGCUCUUUGCCAAGUUUGAUUUUGAGAAUCGACUCCACGGUGCUAACUUCCUGGCAUAUCCACCGGUGGUAGCUGGAGGGAAUCGUGCCAAUACCCUGCACUACAUCAACAACAACCAGAUGAUUAAGGAUGGUGAAAUGGUGCUUCUCGACGGUGGUUGUGAAUAUUUCGGUUAUGUCAGCGAUGUUACCCGAACGUGGCCGGUAAACGGGAAGUUCAGCGCCGCUCAGGCGGAACUUUAUGAAGCCGUCCUGGAGGUCCAGCUCUCCUGUUUAUCUCUGUGCUCCCCCUGUGUCAGUCUAGAUCACAUCUACAGUACCAUGCUGGCCCUCUUGGGAAGACAGCUCAAGCGUCUGGGCAUCGUCAAGGCUGGUACCGGUGAUGCUGAUGUACUGAAGGCUGCAAGGCGGUACUGCCCCCAUCAUGUCGGGCAUUACUUAGGCAUGGAUGUCCAUGACACUCCCGAACUGUCCCGCUCGCAGCCUUUACAGCCUGGAAUGACCAUCACCAUAGAACCAGGAUUGUAUAUUGCUGAGGACAACGAGCAGGCCCCGGAGCGUUUCCGCGGCAUCGGCAUCAGGAUUGAGGAUGACGUGUUGAUUCGGGACGAGGGGGGCCCGCUGAUUCUAUCCGCCGACACCCCAAAGACCAUCCCUGAUGUGGAGCUGGCCUGUGCCCAAAGAUAGGGCAGGGCUGUGAUGGCGGACACCCCUCAGCUGAUACAGGUACAUGGAUGAUGGCAGCACAAUAGUCCAACUUUUGUUUGCAUCAUGCAGUCAUCACAUUUACACAAAAUACCAAAACCUUGAUGACUACUAUGAUUUAUCUGGACAAUGGCGCUGUCUGAACACUAGCUGUCAUUUUGGGGUCUUGGCUUCUACCUAUGGGAACAUCAUAUAUUCUUAUGGUUCUAGCACUGAACUUUGAAUCCCAGUCUAGAAAUAUUUAUCAUUUGUCAUCCACAAUACGGUGCCCUUACAGACACAUUGCAUUGUUUUCAGGUCUUCCGUCCUGUUUAUGCACACAAAUCCUGACUAAUAACACCCACAUACCGUACCAAUAGAAUGAGUUGACCUGAAAAGGAUCUGUAUAUAUUGUAUGCAGCUUUAAAAUAUUUCUAAAUGUUAAUAAAUUAUAGUUUAAUCCAACAGAAAACUACCUUUUGAGCAAAAUCUAACUAUGUAUUUGUUACCUAGUAAACUAAAAGAUGCAAGCCAAAAAGUACUCAAGCGUUUACAUAUUUUUGCGUUUUGAGCGUUGACUUGAUUGCAAAGGUUUUUUUCGUCACUUCCAUCCAAGAACGCCAAGCACGGCAAAGACUGCCAGUUGCUUAUCUGGGAGUGUGAAUGUGCUGCAGACACGUACGUGUCUAAAAGACCGUGGAGUGAAAGCCAAGAACACCAAAAGCGUACAAAGUUUACCUUCAAGUGUAGACAUUUAUUUGUUCUUUGAAACCGCUAGUCUUCUUUUGAUAUGUUGUGGUGGAAAAAGUAUAAUACAGGCACAACACCUUGAAUGCUGAGGUGGCCAAAAUGCGACUUUUUAAUGGCUGGUGGCAUUUUGUCAAAGUUUACAAUUAAACCCAAGGGCUGAAGGGGAAAUUGAGGACAAAAGACAAA